UAACUGGCAGUGUGGACUUGCGCACCGCACGUAAGCGACGCCUUUUUUAGAAGAAUAAAAAGAAAAGCGUUCGAAUUUUUAAUAUCUUGACAGCCGCGCGCCUUUUUAAUUUUAACCUGUCUUUUACGAUUUGUUUUUAAAAGUUUCCUUUUUUUGUGCGUUUUGUAAAUCGUGUAUAUUUUCUGAAAUAAUAUUUUGUGAAGUGCUUUUCAGUUCGAAAGUAAAAGGAGGUGAAACGCUUAUUUGUAAUUUGAACUAUGUCCUGUCAGUAAGGCGCAUAACUUCCAACCAUGGCGGGGCGCCCCGCGGCAGUGGUGGUAGAAGGAGCCUGCAAACACUAUGGCAGAAAAAACAAACCUGAUUACAAACCUGUGCUUGAAAAUCUAGACAUGACUGUGGAUAGUGGGAUUAUCUACGGAUUACUGGGCCCAUCAGGUUGUGGCAAGACCACGCUCCUCUCCUGCAUAGUGGGCAGACGGACGCUGAACAGCGGCAACAUAUGGGUCCUCGGGGGAAGACCAGGAGAAAAGGGAAGUGGAGUCCCUGGGCCACGAGUGGGGUAUAUGCCACAGGACAUAGCCCUCGUCGGUGAAUUCACAGUACGUGACGCAAUAUACUACUUCGGUAGAAUAUAUGGAAUGAAAUUGUCUCGCCUCAGCGAAAGAUUCGACUUCCUAAGCUCCCUAUUAGAGUUGCCUGACGGGGGACGAUUCGUCAAGUCCUUAUCAGGAGGACAGCAGAGACGAGUUUCCCUUGCUGCUGCGCUGGUUCAUGAACCUGAGUUGCUGAUUUUGGAUGAACCUACUGUUGGUUUAGAUCCUGUAUUAAGAGAACGCUUAGAAAAUGAAACACAAAAAUACACGCGCGCAAAAUGCACAUUAAUUAUGUCUCCCAAUAUUGGAAUGUUGCGAGACGGCCAGCUCUUGGCUGAAGACUCACCCGAGGAAAUUCUCCGCAGAUUCGAAGUUGACACUUUGGAAGAGGCCUUUCUCCAGCUGGCCCUAAGACAGCAUCAGCUGCCAAGAAGAAGGUCCACCCUAAUGGGAUCCCCAGACGUGAUCCCAGAAAGCCGGAUUCCAGCAGUGGACAGCCGGUAUCAAUCGAGCGAAUCUUUCAACAUGGUCACCGGUAGCACUGAAGUUUUCACCAAAAAACAAUCAUCAAUAGAUAGUAAUAGUAAAAGUAGAACCAAAUCAAGGUACAAAGCUGUAUUUAUAAAGAGUCUGCAACAAUUUGCCAGACAUCCUGGAGGUUUAAUAUUUUCGAUCCUGUUCCCUAUCAUCCAAGUGGUUGCGUUCUUCUCUGCUGUGGGCCACGAUCCCAAAGACUUGAAUGUGGCUGUGGUUAAUGAUGAAGCAGCUUAUUCGCCUUUCUCUCCGCACCCGGUCGUGCUAGCCCUACAAGGGGUUCGCUAUAACACAACAGAGGAAGCGAAAAACGCGGUGGUAAAAGGGCAAUUGUACGCAGCGUUAUAUUUCAGGUACAACUUCAGCGAAAUGCUGGAGCAGCGACUGCGGGAGGGCUCUGUGGAUGACGACGUCGUCGAAGGCAGCACUGUUAGCGUGUGGCUGGAUAUGACCAACCAUCAGAUCUCCUACUUCCUCAAGUCGCAGUUCCUUAAAGCCUACGAGAGCUUCACUAGACGAACCAUGAGGGCGUGUGAAAGAAAUGAAAAUCUUGUACAGAUCCCAGUUCACUUCAUGGAACCUGUCUACGGAGAUACGAAAAACGAAAUGGUUAGCUAUAUGGCGCCUGGAGUUAUGAUAACAAUCAUAUUCUUCCUACCCGCAAUCGUGACCUCUAAUCUGUUGAUCACCGACCGGCUGGAGGGAGUGUGGGAGCGCAGCGCCGUCGCCGGUGUUAAGGCCAAGGAGAUGCUCUACGUCCACAUCGUGUUGCAGACGGCUGUUAUAUUGCUGCAGACUCUGGAAAUGACAGCACUAGCCUACGGCGGAUACGGCCUCUACACUCGCGGUUCCCUGAUUACGUGCGGCAUACUGAUCUUCUUGCAAGGCAUUAGCGGGAUGUGCUAUGGCUUCUUCCUCUCCAUCUAUUGUAAUAGCUACGUGUUGGCAUUCUUUGUUUCUACUGGCAGCUUUUAUCCUAUGAUUUUACUGUGCGGUAUCCUCUGGCCACUAGAAGCAAUGUCAACCGUACUCCGCGCCAUAGCGUUAACUCUUCCCUUUACCAUACCUUCGAAGUCGUUGCGGGACAUCAUGGAAAAGGGUCAUGGGAUCACAGAUUCAUCGGUUUACACCGGCUUCAUCGUUACUCUAGUAUGGAUCGGAUUUAUGCUCGCUCUGUGUCUACUACGCCUUAAACUUAAAAAAUCGUAGAAUCGUAUUUGAUUAAAAUAAUUGUAGACUUAGAUUAUGGACGGUUUAAGAAGACAAGACGUGAGAUUUUUUUAACAAAGUCACAAAAAUGGCUCACAAAUUGGAUAAGAACUCUAUCCAGUAGCGAAAUUUUAGAGAACUAAUUUACUAUUUUACGAUGAACUUAAGAUUACAUGAAACUUGUCACGACAUGAAAUGUUCAACAACGGUCAAAGCCUCUUAAUAAAUAAAGAGUAAAAAAGUCUUAUGAAAAACGCAAAUAUUCUUAUUCUGUUUAUUAUUUUUCAUCACACUUGCUCGUAAUUAAAAAAAAUGCUGAUUAUGCUGAUUUUCUUCAACAAUAAAACUGGAACUGAAUAAGAUAUAAAAUUACCGAUUAGUGGGGAUUGUAGAUUUCGGGUCGUUGAUCCCUAAUAAACAUAUCAAAGUAACUCAAUUUCUCUAAAAAUUUCGAUUAGUUAUUUAUGAUAAGGAUGGCAGCAUGGACCGUGUAACCGUGCCGGUAAAAUAAAAAUUAAUCAUACCGUGCAAAGAAACCUGUAAUUAGUGAAUAACCACGAAAGUCUCAAAACGUAUGCAUAUUGUCGCCAAUACUCGUGUAGUCAUUUGAAGUAAUUAGUUCUUAAAAAUUUUACAAAGGUUCCACUAACUUGUCAGGUGAGACAAGUUAGACGCGCCCUCUCUACGGUAUGGACAAGAUUGUAAGGAAUACUUGGACUGAAACAAGGGUAUAAUAUAGGAUUAUUAUUAUAAUUUGCUUGGACAUUAUUGCCAGUUCUUGGGGUUUAGUUUAUCUUUAACAUAGUGUACGAUUUUAAAUAACAUAUUUCACUGUAAGAAGUGUUCCUUAAUUAUCACCUCAAAACUGUGAGGGUUGAUUUUCAUAAUGGCGUUGAGGUAACCUUUAUGACACCGUUGAAUGGGGACAGUUGAGAUUUGAAAUGUAAUCAUAAAGGUGGGUAUCCAUUACGUUCGCGCAACGACUGUGCUCCGCGCACCUGCAACUGCUCCGUUAGUGGAUACGUUCCCAUGCAACAUUGGCGGUUUUUACGCGAACACAAAGCGGAGCGCAGUGUGUUCCUGGACGCAAGCAAAACGUUUUCGAGUUUUUUAAGUUAGUAGAAAUAUUUAAUUCGUGAACACUAUAAUCAAUUAAAAUGUUUGCCGCACUCUAGCUACUAUUUCUGGGGACGACUUGUUCGCUCAACGUUCAAAUGAAAACUGUGGAGCAGAGGUGAUGCGCGAACAUAAUGGACCAGUCUGUUUUCUUGUAGUGAAGCGCGUAACGUCUCCAUUGGAGCGGUUGCAGGUGCACGGAGCAUAGUUAGUAGUAUUUUUGGACUAUAUAAUAGUUCUACUGGGUAGCCUGUAUAUAGCUUUUCCUUAAUUUUAGCAAUUGUCUCUCUUUUUGAAGGUCGCAAUAUACCAUGUAAGUAGGUAAUGGCGUCGAUAGGGCUAGAUGCGAACUAAACUUAAUUCAGACCAGAGGCGCUAACGCGUCCGAAGCGUCCGAAACAAAUACUGUCAAAUAAGUAAUAUUCGACAAAAUUAAAAGACAAGUAUCAAGUAUGAAGCAUCAAAUCAUCAAAUUGCUUAUUUGGCAGUCAUUGUUUCGGACGGAUGUUGGACGGAGAUCGAGAG